CAAUCUCCCUUGAUUGAAAAAUCCGGUAAAAGUGUUUAGAUAUGAAACAAGAAUAAAAUAAACAGACUGAAGAAAAAUUAUUUUUAAUCUAUAAAAUAGAGAAUAAUUUUACCUCUAAACUUACAGUUUUUUAAACAACAUUUCAAUUUUUAUUUUCCAUUAUAGAAAUAGUGUAAUUUUUUUUGUCUCAUUCCCUUGAAUAUUAUACAACAUUUAUUUUUUCACAUGUUUUCAAUAAAUUAUUUCGGUGAGAAUUUAAAAAAAUUUAAUAAUGUUAAAACUUAUCAAGGAACAAUUGACAAUUUCAUCGACAAUGAAAAAUUCCAUUCGAUGUAUUGCUGCAAAGGUUAACGAAGAAAAUGGCGGUAAAGAAUUGAAAAAUGAUAAAAGCAUAAAAUUCAGAAGUGAAAAACAAAAGAAAAUGAUACCAGAGGAAAAAAAAGGUGGAAUUUUCCUUGAAAUCAGUAACUAUUUAAAAUCAAUAAAGUCAGAAUAUUUAAUUGAACAUUUACCAAAAUCUUUCUGUAGAUCAGUGAAAAAUUCACAAAAAAUAUAUCUUGUAAAUAGAAAGGUGGCAGAAAAAUGUGCAAUGUUAUUAAAAGACGAAUUAACGAAAGAUUCUGAUAUGUUUAUAGCUGAGGCAGGUCCUGGUUUUGGAUUUUUAACUGAAAAUCUAUUAAAAAUGUCAAUUGAAAAAAUUUAUCUCUACGAACCAUUAAAACCACUUCUAAUACCAAAUUCGCUAUUAAGAAAUAUUAUUAAAAAUAAUAGUGAUCGUUUAGUGCUUCGUGAAUGUGAUUUACUGGAAAUGUGGUCAAUGGUGUUUCGAGAGGCACAAGGACAAACUAAUCUGGUCGAAAAAAUGUUACAUGGAACAAAAACAAGGAAAUGGAAAGACAAACCCUAUAUGACUGUUAUUGGUACUCUAAGUUCAGAAAAUUUUAUAAAACAAUUAAUAAUGGAUGUUCUUUCUCAAAGUGGAUUCACGAAAAGGGGAAGAGUUAUUUUCUAUUUAUUAAUAGAACCAUUAAUUUGGGAGAGAUACAUAGCUUUAAAAAAUACAUCGGAUUAUAAGAGUCGAAGUAUAAUGUUUCAAACUAUGUUUAAUUAUGAGAAAAUCGAUGAAUUUUCUAGAAAAGAUUUUCUACCGUGGCCUUAUGUUUCCAAUCAAAGAAAACAAAAAAAAUUUAAGAAUAUACAGAAUUUGACGUAUGAUAAUUUAUAUUUAGUAAGAAUUGAACCAAAGAUUGAUUUGUUCGACAGGAUAAGUCACAAGGAAAUAUUCCCAUUUUACUAUUUUUUAAAACAUCAUUUUCAAAAAACUCACACCAGAGUGAUACCGGCAUUAGAAAAUUGGAUACCAGGUUGUGGACCACGACUAAUAAUGAAUAAUUUUAAUAUUUUCACGGAAUUCCAGGAUUUGGAUGUAGAGCAGCUCUUAAAACUUUAUAAAGAAUUCAGUUCGUUUCCAGAAUUUGAGGAAUGUUAUUUUCUUAACUCAUCGUCGUCCUAUUACGAUUCAGUCGAAGAUGCUUUUCACGAAAUGGGAUUUAAUUGAAUACUUUAUAUUCUAAGAUUUUUAUGUUGGGAAACAUUACAACACUUUUCUACAAUUUAUUAAUUUUCAUGCCUUUUAAUGACACAAUUAUUGAGAAACAUAAAAAUUAAUAAUUUGUUCGAAAGUAUCUUUUUUUUAUAAAAAUAAAAAUAAGAUGCUUUUAAUACUACUUUUUAAGUCAAAAAGACCAUUUGCAAUAAGAAUGAAAUAACAACUUCCUCUAGAUCAUUUUAUAUGAAAUUUUAAAUUCUUUAUUUAUAAAACUUUUAUAAAAAUAAGUAAUUUACAGGCUUCACAGUCUGUCCCCUAUUUCCCUAAAAGUCCCCUUUUUUUAAUUUUGGCCCCUAAACGUAU